AAAAUGUUUUCACAUUAUAAAAUUUAAGCAGCUAGCCAGCCAAGCCCUUAAGACAUAAAUCUUGAUCAUAUACCAAAUAAGUAUUUCCAGAGGGAAUCAUAUUUUGAUUUCAGUAAUGAGUUACUACAACAAUCAGUAUCAAGCUCCUGCAGGUAUGUAUGCUCCACCACCGCCACCAGGUUCAUAUAAUCCACCAAACCACCAGGUGUAUCCUCCUCCACCACAAUCUUAUCCACCGCCGGUCCAAGGGUAUCCUCAAGGCCAUUACGUUGCGCCACCUCCGAUGGGUUACCCUAUGAAAAAUGGUCCUCAACACCCCCAACAGCCACCUCCUCCUCCAGAAACUAAGCACAGGGGUGAUGGAUUUUGCAGCGGAUGUUGUGCUGCCUUAUGUUGCUGCUGCCUCUUGGACAUGUGCUUUUAGGGACUACGAGUGAUUCUUUGUAAAAUUUGUAGCUUUUAUUUAUCUCCCCUUGUGUUUCUUUCUUGUGGGAAAUUAUCAUCCCUUUUUUUUUUAUGUAUUCUUUAUCCACACAAUAAUAUUUAUUAAAAAAAUUACGUGCUCUUUAAUUCUUUUCUCCC